CGAACAAUGACAUAUAAGUGGUGUCGAGGAUCUUCUUGAUAGCGAGCAACUACGUCUCACGUCCAGCAGCAACACAGUCAAUCAUGCCAAAAGCCAAAGGCAAGGGAGGAAAGAACAGGAGAAGAGGAAAGAACGAUGAGGAUUUGAACAAGCGAGAGCUGGUGUUCAAAGAGGAUGGACAGGAAUACGCUCAAGUCGUCAAAAUGCUCGGAAACGGGAGGAUAGAGGCCAAAUGUCAGGAUGGAGAGACACGUUUGGGUCAAAUCCGAGGUCAAAUGCGUAAAAAGGUCUGGAUCGUCGCCGGUGAUAUCGUUCUCCUCUCACUUCGAGAUUUCCAAGACGACCGAGCGGAUGUCAUCCACCGAUACACUCCCGACGAAGCACGUAAUCUCAAGACGUAUGGCGAGCUCAAAUCGGAUGUCCAGAUCCAUGAAGGACCACAAGGAGGAGACGAAGGGAGUGAUGGAGACGAGGGCGGUAUUGAAUUCGAAGAGGCGGACAUUGAUGAUAUUUAAGCGGCAGAUGAAGUCUGCCUGUAUCAUCUCGCCCCUUCCGGUUUCAUCGACGUUUCAAACCUCACGUUGUUUCUAUACCUUUCUGUCCACAUUAAGCAGACGAUGCAUCCAUCCUC